AAGUGCUGUGCAAGGAUACAUUUCAUAUGUCAUUUCCUACAUUUUCUCGCUGGUGUAACGUUCUAUAUAUUAUUAUCUCCGGCAUCCAUAAGACAAAAUGGUGUGUACACGUUUAUUUGUCGCUGUACUAGUGAUCGCUUUAUGCACGGUGGAUAUCGAGAACGUGAUGGGAUUAAAAUGCCAUCAACGCGGCGCUGAUGGAGUGGACACUAUCAUUACUUGUCGUAAUGGAAUGAUCGGAAAAUCGUGCAUCACGAACAUUACAUAUAAGGACGGCGUUCGAGAGGUACGGAAGGGUUGCUCACCAUCGGCUGGAGACGAGACUUGCUACACCGGUAUCAAUCCAGGCGGAAGCAGCACCACCUGCUUCUGUUACAGCGAUCUGUGCAACGCGGGAGACGAACCGUUUUAACUGAUGCACCAUACGUAAACGAACACCGCUGUGUUCCUCUCCUUUCGGUUAUCUUUUCGUUCCGUUAUGCACUAUGCUACAUUGAUGCUGUUUGUAGCAAGCAAUUUGUUUUAUAAUCCCAAUACCAGUUGUUUACCAGCCCGCCAGCGGGAAAAAACAUCAGAACUAAUUCAAAACAACAA